GUCCCAACUGCACACAACCCAUGCUGCAAGGCUCUCACACAAAGAAAACAAACCUGUUUGUCUGCCUUUAGCUACCCGGAAACUGAUCAGAGAAAGAGAGAGAGAGGGAGAAAGAGAGGUGAAUGUCUACAGCUGAGUUCCUGUCUUUAACCAACAUAGUGUGAGUGCCUCUUCAAAAUUUAGGACUCAGCAUUUAAAUACAGAUACAGUCAGACAGACUGAUAGAAGCCAUUUGGAUGGAAGAGAUAAUGGCUGAGGUAGAGCACUAAAUGUCAGUAAGAAUGGGUGGAGUGACAGUGAGACCGGGAGGCUGGUAGAACUGAGAGAUUUUUUUUUAAACAUUCUGUCACAUGUCUGUCUUUGCCCUUCAUCUUUUUAAUAGAGACAAGGCAACAGAUUUUUAUGACUAGAACAUUGGACUUUUUUUUUCUUUUGAGCAAUAACCUGUUUUUUGAGGACAUCUGAAACCAACCCAAAUAAUUUUUUGUAAGGGGUUGCACAUUUGCUGCUUGGUAAGCGUGCUAUUCUUUUCUGGUUCUGCUGGUGAAGAAUGUAUCUCUAUUCUCUGUAAGUUGUGAAAACGUAUCUACAUCUCUCAGUGGCAAUGAUGACAAAAGUCUCUUAUCACUUCUUGCCACUGGAUCUGACUUGGGGACCUGCACAUGGAUAACAUACACAUUUUGUGGUGGUAAGAUGACUGUUUACUUUGAAAAAAGACAUGUUUAAAGUACUGUCUUAUCCUCCUUAUAUCACCAUCCAUGAUAACAGGACAAAGAGUUACCAGGGAAGUGGUUUUAGAUAAAUCACGCUACCUAAAAAUAGAUAUCUCUUCUGAGAAUAAUGGAGAUGCAAAGGAACCACUUGUUAUUGUGUCUGACUGUUUGAUAAGUUAUAGCCUUUAAGACUUUCAUAUUUUCAUGCCAUCUCUAAUUAAAACUAGCUGACUAGGUGAUCAUCAUCAAUGUGUACAUACGUAGGACAUCUGCAUCACCCACACUUCUUUAAUUGUGUGAAGGAAGUGAAUGAUAUCAACACUAUCUUAGACGACUGUUAAUUCAGACCCUUCAGGCUGGCUAGCACUCCAUGUGUGGCUCACUAGAUGCUUGAGGCCAGUCUUUGCACUGACUAAUGCUUCUAUUUGAGCAUCUAUAAUGGCAACGGCAAGAAGUUUGGGGACCAGUUCUCAUUCUGAGUCCCAGUCCCCCACCAGCGCUGACCGUAAACUUCUGGAUAAAGUUCUUAAGAGACUGGACAAACUGCAUAAACUGUGCACCGAUCCAAGUCUGGGUCUAAAAAAUAGCCCACCAUACCUUCCUGAGUUAUUGUCAGAGACUGCAGUCCACCUAACAGAAGUAUGGGCGCCCUACAGGGGAACCAUGAUGGCUGUGCCACGAGGGGACGAGGGAGAGUAUCUUAGGGUCCAUAUCCGACACUUGCUGGACAAGAUAGACAGAGCUGUACUGCUCUUCAAGGAGGGCAGGGAGAAGAUGUUUGAAGAAACUUCAAGAUGCAGGAGAAAUCUUACAAAGCUGUCACUUCUGUUCAGCCACAUGUUGUAUGAACUGCAAACUAUGUUUCCUGGGGGACGCUUUCAGGGCGAUACCUAUAUGGUUACAAAGACAGAGGCCAAAGAUUUCUGGAGGAAAGCCUUUGGACACAAGUGUAUAGUGCAGUGGAACAUUUUUAAACAGCAGUUGAGGAGGGUUCAUUACUUUGAAGAGGGAAUGGAGGCUAUGGCUUUGAAGUCCACAAUUGAUCUCACUUGUAACGAUCACAUAUCCAUAUUUGAGUUUGAUAUUUUCACAAGACUUUUUCAGCCCUGGUCAACUUUGUUACGGAAUUGGAAUCAGCUAGCAGUAACUCACCCUGGAUACAUGGCAUUUCUCACCUACGACCAGGUGAGGGUCCGACUAGAGCACUACAGACAUCGUCCUGGCAGCUACAUUUUCCGUCUCAGUUGCACACAAAUGGGUCAAUGGGCAAUUGGUCAUGUGGCCAAUGAUGGCAGCAUUGUGCAAACUAUUCCCCAGAAUAGACCUCUCUUCCAAGCACUCAUUCAAGGUUUCAUGGAGGGCUGCUACUUGUACCCUGAUGGGCGUGAUGUAAACCCUGACCUUACCAACAUGUGCCAUCCAGCUCACAAGGGUCGAGUCAAAGUUACAGAGGAGCAGUAUGAGUUGUACUGUGAGAUUGGCAGCACUUUUCAGCUGUGCAAAAUCUGCACAGAACGAGACAAGAACACUCGCAUUCAGCCGUGUGGGCAUCUGUUGUGUCAGCCCUGCCUGACUGGUUGGCAGAAGUCAGAUGGACACACAUGCCCCUACUGCCGGUGUGACAUCAGAGGCACUGAGUCCAUCCUCAUUGAGCCCUUCCAGCCAGCGAGAGACAGUAGGGAAAGCCGGAGGGAGGAAGAGGAGGAAGAAGAAGAGGAUGAUCAUGAGGAUGUAGAGCUGGUGAUGAAACAACUGGCUUGUAUGAAAAAGAUAUCACUGGAGGAGUACCAAGUUCCCAAAUCCAGCCUAUCACCUCCUCCUCUUCCUCCAAAACACAGCAUACUCUCCCCCUGUCCCUCUCCCAGACCACACUCCAAAUCUGGCUCCGGCACAAAGACCAUGGCUCAGUCUAGCUUUAAAGCCACACACAGAUCCUGGUCAGAAAACCUGCCAAGUCAAACUAAAGCCUCCUCAGAUAGUGAGGAACUCAGCGAACACACCCAUCCUUCCACUUCUCCUUCUGGCAGACACAGGUGGGUGGCCUGGGAAAGGCCUUCAGAGACUGUAAAAAAGAGCAGGAGAGAGAAAAGAAGGGAGAAGGAAGAAGAAGAGUGUGAGAGUGAGGUGGUGGAUUCAGCUCUUCUCUUAGGAAGACAUUAUCAUGGGGAGAAAGAGAGAAACACUUCAUCCUGACAGGAGAAAUUUCUGCUCAUACUUCAGAGGGUGUGAUAUACUGUAUAUUGGCAAGACAAACAGUUGUGCUAUCAGCAAGUCUCGACAAUCAAACUUAUUCAAAUUACUCAUUAAUCACCAAAUUCUGAACAAAUAUGUAUAUAUGAAUGUUAUUGCAGUUCAAGUGACCUCUGCACCAACAAAGCAGAAAACAAACAUCUUACUGCUCUUGAAUACUGACUCGCUGAAAUUUUACAUUUUAACACAUUUUAAAUUCUACCUCAUACAACUAAAUGUAAAAGCACUGUCUUUUGGUAGUCUGCACAUGAAUAAACUUUUUUCUAUGACAACAAAAACUUUUUUACUUUUAUACCUUUCAAGACAGACAGACAGACAGACAGACAGACAGGUAGGAAGGUAGAUAGACAGACAGACAGACAGACAGACAGACAGACAGACAGACAGAUAGAUAGAUAGAUAGAUAGAUAGAUAUUUUAUUCCAUGAGAACAAUUGACCAAUUAUGGGAGGUUUUUAAGAAAAAGUGAGUAGUAUUAGGCUAUUCAUGUGAUCUCAAUAUGAUGUCCUCCAAGGAGGUGACCCGCUCCAUCUAGAAUAAAACAGGUUUAGUAGAAUGCUGAUAUUACCGUAGUUUCAAUUCAUUUGAGUGUACAUAUUUUGUCGCUAUGCCGGUGAGAUGAUUUGGUUUGUUUUGUUUGUCUGCGUGCUUUCUGAUUCCUUCGUGUGGCUUUGGGUGCCACGUGAUUGAUGUGAGUGGUGUUUUCAUGAGAAUGCUCGUUCAUGCCGCUUUUUAAUUGAUCAGUGGCACCUGUGUCUCAUCUCCUCUCCCUUAUUCAGUCUCCCUCAUGUAUGCUGUUUGUUACCAGACUAUUUUGUGAGUUUGCUCAGUGUGUCUUGCCUCCUGCUGGUCCUGUUUUGUUCUUUAGUGUUUUUUCUCAGUCAUUAUUCCCUCUGCCUGUUGGAUUUAUUCGGAUCACGUUCUGCAACCAUCUACCCAUUCCUCAUCAAUCUCCUCAUCUCCUCCGCCCAGGUGUCCAAUCUCUUCAGCGGCCCUGUGCUUGCUCUCUCCACUCUGGUGCCACUGCAACCUGUCAGUUCCUCAUCACACUGUCUGGACUACUCCUUCGCUGAUCAUUUCCUGCCUGGACUGUUUACUCUGGUUUUUUAUUGUUCUUUUCAAUAAAUUACAUUGACUGUU